GCCUUUGUCUUGGCUAUGCUCAGCCAGGUGGAACCCUUGAACAAGUACCCGCAGUGUCUGUGCCUCCCCACGUACGAGCUGGCUCUCCAGACGGGAAAAGUGAUCGAACAGAUGGGCAAGUUUUAUCCUGAGCUCAAACUUGCAUAUGCCGUCCGAGGCAAUAAAUUGGAGCGAGGUCAGAAAGUAUCAGAGCAUAUUGUGAUCGGGACUCCCGGCACGGUCCUGGACUGGUGUUUCAAGCUGAAGUUCAUCGACCCCAAGAAGAUCAAAGUGUUCGUCCUGGACGAGGCCGAUGUGAUGAUCGCCACCCAAGGCCACCAAGACCAGAGCAUACGCAUCCAGAGAAUGCUCCCGAGAGACUGCCAGAUGCUGCUCUUCUCAGCGACCUUUGAAGAUUCAGUGUGGAAGUUUGCCCAGAAAGUCGUCCCCGACCCCAACAUCAUCAAGCUGAAGCGAGAAGAGGAGACGUUAGACACCAUCAAGCAGUAUUACGUGCUCUGCAGUAAUCGAGACGAGAAGUUCCAGGCGCUCUGUAACCUGUACGGGGCCAUCACUAUUGCUCAAGCUAUGAUUUUCUGUCACACUCGCAAAACGGCUGGCUGGCUGGCAGGAGAGCUGUCACGAGAAGGCCAUCAGGUGGCCCUGUUAAGUGGCGAGAUGAUGGUGGAGCAGAGAGCCGCAGUGAUCGCGUUCAGAGCGGGCAAAGAGAAAGUGUUGGUGACCACCAAUGUGUGUGCCAGAGGUAUCGAUGUCGAGCAGGUGUCUGUGGUGAUCAACUUCGACCUGCCGGUGGACAAGGACGGGAAUCCAGAUAACGAGACGUACCUACACCGGAUCGGGCGCACUGGCCGCUUCGGCAAGCGAGGCCUGGCGGUGAACAUGAUCGACAGCAAGCACAGCAUGAACAUCCUUAACCGGAUCCAAGAACAUUUCAAUAAGAAGAUAGACAGACUGGAUACGGAUGAUUUGGAUGAGAUUGAGAAAAUAGCCAACUGAAAAGCAGCUGCCGGAUUUGGUUUUCGCCCUUCCCCGGGCGUGCAUCUCCCUCUACAAUUGGUCUGACGUUCAGAUUGGCACAACUCUCAGCUGGUCCCAAAAAGGACUCUGGCGUGAAUCCACAGAAAUUACCUCAUUUGAAAUCACAGUUGGGUUUUUAAAUUGUGCAACUGAUGCAGGGAGGUAGCAAGAGAAGAUGUUUACACAAGCUUUUAAGAUUUCUUAGUUUAGCCUUAAGAUGGGGAAAACAAUUAAAGACUUGCCAAAAAGCAGACUCUGAAUUAACGUCUAAAAGUAGUAAUAAAUGACUUCUCACUUCACUGGGACAUAGCUUUCUAAGCAUUCUUGGUCAGCAAAGAGGGUCGAGUAUACAGCGGAUGGAUUUUUUUUUAAUUAUUAUUCUGAUUCGUAUUAUUAUUUUUAAGCUUAGCCAAAACUCAAGAUGAAUGGGUUCUUAUUUUCCUCUAGUUAAAAUAAUUUGCAACUUCUCGAGUUCAUUUUUUAAUACCCAUUCCCUAAGUCUCUCCUCCCCUCGGACCUAGAGCCGUGGUCCUUUUUAACUGAACGGAAUCGUGUGUUUCUAAGUGCUGACCGAAAGAAGGGUCUUGAAUCUGUGCAGUGGCAGCAUUGCUAAUUAUGUAAUUGCCUUCGAAAUCGUGGCUGUCAAUGGUAAAAAAAAAAAAUAUCUGCGGGUGCAGAGGGGGUGGAAAAGGCUACUGCACGAAUGCUUUUUUUGCCCUCCCACCCCCACCCCGUGUUCUGCUUACAGACUGUCUCCUUGUCCGCUGUACUACUGAUGAAUUUACACGUCCGGUGCCUGGCCCGUUUUCAGUUUGGCUUCGUCGUUUUUAGCAAUCUUAACGGUCUCCCCUCAAAAGGAGCCCCUUCCGCCUCCGAUUGCAGCAUGCAAGGCUGCUCUUUGUCACAAAGGGCUCCGCGGUCUUCCGCCAAGGUGCACCGAGGUUCCGCUGCAUCUCAUCGUUGCGUCCGGUCUGCCCCCCCCCCCCCCCCCCCCCCCCCCCCCCCCCCCGGCCUCCUUCUCGCGUGUCCCUCUCUCUUGCUUUCUAGCUCCGUAUUCCAGCUUACCAUUCAGUAGCUGCCUGGGUAUCCUGCCCCAUUCCUUCCGUAUUCCCGUUCUGCCAGUGGGGAAGUGUGGCUUCAGUGUUGACCGACUGGCAGCGUUACCGCAUCCCUUUGGAUGGAAAUCCCUUCUUGCCACGGUGGUAAGUGUAGCUUGCAGGUGUUGGGGAAGGAAUUGACUUAUCAUUGUCAUCAGUAUUUCUUGAAUACCUUCUGGGUGCAGAGUAUCUUAAAAGGCGCUUGGGGAACAUGAUAUAAGGCGUGUUCUCUUUCAGUAAGGACCUUACGAUUGAACGUGAAGUCAGAUAUUUCUGAAGCGGGUUCAGGCGGUUGGUUGGACGGCUCUUUAGGACUCCCGGAUCUGAAGCCGGUUGCCUCGUCGGCAGAUGGAAUGCAGUGACGAAGGGCACGCUGGCCUUCUCGAUUUGGUUUCUGUUCUAUUUAUCGGUGCAUCAGUGGCUAAUGGGCUGCUGCCCACGGAGCCAAAUUCUAUCAUCAUGUUCGCGUCUCCAUUUUGUUUUAUUUAUCAAAAUGGAUCAUUGGAUAAUAUGCCUCCUUAGGGAGCAAAGUUUUGUGGUCCCGUUCACUUCUCGCUUCUAUUUAUCAAUGCAUCGAUAGAUAAUGGGCUGCCUGGGGAGCUAAAUUCUAUGAUGGUGUUCAGUUCUCUGUUUCCAGUGAAGAUCAUCUUUAGAUAUAAUGGAGGGUUUCUCUGGUGCAAUUUUACCUCAAUUUUUUUAAUCUGUAGUGCUUUGCUCACUCUGUUAAACAGCUCACAGUUGUGCGGGGGUUGGGGGAAGGGAGGGGGUUUGUGUGUGUGUGUGUGUGUGUUUGUGUGCACGUGUGUAGGACCCAGUCACCCACAUUAAACAAUUGUGGGAUAAGUGUCUCUGGGGUUCCGGUCGAUGCUUGAAAUCUUAAAAGUCGGGAACUUCCCAGGCGAUCAGAAUUAUUUUCCAAGGGAAGUAUCUAGGUCCUCAGUUCUGUUCCCCUGCAUGCCUGCUUAUUAAAUCUGAUUGAAAAACAUAAGAAACAUCCUAGGGCUGACUGCUGCUCUAUCUGGCCCAGUUUUCCGUCUCCCACGGUAGCAGAGACUACUUGGGAGGACUGUGUGAUGGCUGCCCUCUUUGACCUCCCAUCCUGACCUGACCAGCUAACUUCUUUUUCCCUCCACGUCCCAAUUCUCCAUCACCUAACCCAUUCUGAACUCUCAUCCGUGCACUGACACGAACGUCUUUUUGCUAACCUACCAAUAAGAUUGGGCGAAGGGGCAAGGCCGUUAAUCACCCUAUGUAUAAAUCCAUCCUUAACAAUCUUCAGUCUCUGGGAGGUGCGAUGGGAAUUGGGUUUGCAUUUGCACCUUGUUUGGGUAGGUGGAUGACUUUACUAAAUGGCACUUUCCAUACAUUUGGUGAGAAAAGGGGUUUUGAACAGUAUUGAAGGAUGCAGAAAAAUGGGGGAAAAGGCUCCCCCCCCCCCCAAAUCAAGCAUCGGAUUGACCUGUUACAACUGUUACAAUAUGGAUUAUUUUGUCUUAACUCACUAAACACUGUUGGGAACAAAUGGACUCUGUGUGGUGGUCUGGCAAAGUGGUCCCUAAAGACCUGAACCCUGAAGUUACCCCUUGAUCUGGGAAGUUCUUUUCCAUAGAGAUUGACUUCGGCAUUGGGUUUCUUGUCCGUUGGGACCAUUUUGGAGGUACGAGCGUGUGGAUUUUUGUUUUCUCCCGGUUUCUUUGAGAGAGGAAGUAGGCUCCUAAACUUUGUGGUGUGAAAUCUCGUUGUGGAUUGGCAGGGUGAGUGCCCUCUCUUUCUCCCUCUCUCAGCACAAGAAUCAAUUCAGAACAAAUGUAUAAAUUGUAAAUUUAAAAUGAAUCUUUUUUGUUUUGCGAUUUUGGCCAUCAUUCUGUUCACAGACAGGAACGCGGAUCCUUUUACCGAGUAAAAAAAAAAAAAAAGGCUCACUAAAAAUGUACCUAAAAUUUUAGGAGACUGUACACCCUUUUAUCAAUUUGUAUAAAGGCUUUAAUGAAAACUGUUGAAAUUGAAACUUUUUUGUAUUCUGGGGGUGUAUAUUUUUAUUCUUAUUGGAAACCUAUUUAAAAUGGCAGACGAGUGAGUGCUUUGAGUGUAGAGUGGAAGUUUAGUUUCAAUCGCCUACGAGAAACAGUGCAGCCAGCGUGGCCUCGUCGGCAGUACAUUGGAUUGGGCUGCUGCCGGCCUCAUGUGCUGUUUCUAAUGUACUUUUAAUUGGAAUAAAAAGAACACAUGCCAAAUCCUGGCUCGGCGGC